ACCGCGCAAACGCCAUACUUCCACAGCAUUUUUCGGGCGAAGUUUGAUAAAUUUACAAAAUAAUUGUGAAAAACGCGAGAAGAACAUGUAAAGGACACAAAAACAAGUAACCAAACUAACCAGCUAAAUGGUGUCACCACGUGCAAUAUUGCGGCAACUAAAAAUACAUCAAAACUAACGCCAAAUACGUUUUUCUGGGAAAAGGCGAUGUGAUAGGACAGAGAGAACGCAAAAAAAAUUAAGUGUGGUGGAAAUUGAGAUUUACGCAUUCUGCUGUAUCAGCUGCGGCGCUGUCGCGGUGUGGCGUGGUGUGGCGCGACGAGAAACGCAAACAAAACAAAAACCCAAAACCAAACUAUGAAAUUCGGAUAGAAUUUCCGAGCAGCAGCAGCCACACACUCGAAAUGGACAAGCGAUUCAAAUGGCCAAAGCAGAAGGCCAACUACUCGGAUCCACCCUACCAUCACCAGUCGCGUGGCGGCAUCGGUGGUGGUAUUGGAGGCGGUGGUGGUCCUGGCGGUGGGGGCGGCGGUGAUAGAGACUACUACCACAAAAAACAUCAGAAAAACCAAAAUUAUUCGCGCCCGCAACAUGGCUAUCAGAAGCAACAUAGCUAUCAGAAGCCUAUCAACAAGGGCAGUAGCUACUACAAGCCACCACCGCCAGAGACAUCUACAGAGCCAUCUAUGCCCAGGGGUGGUGGUGGCGCCAUGGCGCCGCCCGCCUCGGUCAACUCCUCGGGCUCCGAUGUCGUCACCCUCAUCGUGGAGAACAACAAUCUGAAGCGCAUGAUUGUGCUCCAUCUGAAUCUGAUGCAGGAGCAGACGGACAGCCUGGCGGCCAAGGAGAAGGAACUGGACGAUCAAACGGACAAGCUGAACACUGUACUCUCGCAGAACCAAGACCUGAAGCUGGUCAAUGUCCAUCUGGAGGCCACCAUCGAGGAGUUGCGAAAGCAGCUAAGAAGAAAGAACAAGAGGGGAGCCCCUGGCGACGACGAUAACAAUGACGAUGACGAUCAUCCACUGCCACCUGCCAUGCAGGAGAAAAUUAUCUGCAAUGCGGAGACACAAACGGAGUUGGAGCUGGCAGCGGCGGCGGCGCAUCAUCUGCCACAGGCAGAGCUGCCUUAUCCUUACCAACAGCAGGCGGAAAGCCAACCCAGGCUGGUAAGAGAGGAGACCCGUCGUAGGCCCCGCCUGAGAGUGCACCAGCAGCUGCAGCCCACUAUAAUAAGAGUGGAGCAGCAGCACCAACAGCAGCAACAACAGCAGCAGCAGUCGCAUCUUAUGAGAGUGGAGCCUCAGCAACCCACUCAAGCAAUUGAGGAGCGACAGCCACGUUCUGUGAGGCAGGAGCCACAGCCGCAGCAUCGUCUUAUGAGAGAGGAGCUUGUGAGGGAGGAACUACAGAGCAGGCUUUCGAAGGAUCUGCAGCAGCAGUCUAGGCUGGCAAGGGAUCAGCAGCAGCAGCCCAGACUUAUAAGACAGGAGCAACAGCAGCCCCGACUUAUAAGAGAGGAGCAACAGCAGCAGCCUCGUCCCAUGAGGGAUGAACAGCACAGGCCAUCGAGGGAGCAUCAGCAGCAGCAGGAGGAGGAAAAUCAACCGCCACGUGAUCGUCUGCAGCAGUACCAGCAGCAUCAUCCAUCAGUCCAACCUCAGUCGCCGCACAAAAUCAUCUCCAAAACUUCGCUGGUUACUUCUGUCGUAAGUCUGCCGCCGUUGGCACCCAUCAGCACUCCCGCGCCCGUGGAGAGCAAAGCGAGAGGAGAGUACAAUGGCAAGAAGGUCAGCACCAUGUUCCUGCAUCGAGUUAACCAGGACUCCAGCCUCACAUCCUCUGCACAGCAUCACAUUGAAACACAAAAAGAGCCGGAGGUGGAGGUGGAGGUUGAGAAACCUUUGCCAGUGGAGGAUGAACAGCAGCAGGUGAUCGAAACGGAAGAGGAGGAGAGGGUGGAGCAGCAGCAGGUAAUUGAUACGCAGGAGGAGAUGGACAUGCAGCAGGUGGAGUCACUGCAGCAGGAGAUUGAAACGGAGGAUGGGCAGAUGUAUCUGCAGCAGGAGAUCGAAGCUGAGCAACAGAUCAUUGAAACGGAGGAGGUGGCAAUGGAUCAAAUGGAUCAACUGGACCAAAUGGAGGAGGUGGUUAUUGCCCAAGAAGACAACAUUUUCCAUGAAGAACUGCAGCAGCCGGAUGGAAUGAUAAUUCUUGGCGCCGAGGAGGAGAUGGGCGUGGAAACGGUGGAGGAGAUUGUUCAGACCACAGUCUACAAUGGCCAUUUGGAGGAUCAAGAAUGUUUCGACGACGAACAGCAGCAGCAGGAGGAGGAGGAUGAUGAUGAUGAUGAAAGCGACGACGACGAUGAAGAUAAAGACAGCGACGAGGAGAGCGAGAGCGGGAGUGAAGAUGAAGAUGAAGACGAUGAUAGCGAGGACAAUGAAGAGGACGAGGAGGAGGAGCAUGAGCUGCCCUCGAAAACAAAUGUUAACAAUUUAGAUGCCUUGCCUCCCAAUCAAGAUGGUGACCGUCUCUGGCAGACGGUCAAUCAUCAGAUACACGCCAUGGAUAGUCCGGAGCAUAAGAGCAUGGCGCCAUCAGCCCAUUCGACACCCAAUCAUCAGCUAAAAACGGAUCUUUUUUCACACAAGGAUACAGAGGCUCAUCAGAUGCUGGAAGUGGAAGAGGAGGAGGAGGACAGCCAGCAGCCGAAACUCGUCAUUGCCGAACCCGAAAUGGAUGCUGUGGAAGUACAGACGGUCGAAGUGGAGACUUUGGAAGUGGAGACCGAGACCGUUGAACUAGAGACUGUAGAAAUGGAGGCUGGAGUCGGCAUGGAAACAAUGGAAGUUCAGACUGUGGAAGUGCACACGGAGGAGACCGUUGUGGAGCAAGCUGGAGUGGAAUUUGAAAUCAAAACGGAGGAGGUGACAACCACGACAAUCAGCAAGCAUAUGCUGCCUAAAGCAUGUGAUACCAGUACUCCAGCUCCAGUUCCUGCUACCGCACACAAUCCUGUUGCUGUUGCUGCUCCUACGCCGACCAAGGCAAACUCUGCUCUCGUGGAAGCUGAACACAAGACGAACUCUGUUCUCGUUGGAGCUCCAACCAAGGAAGAGUCUGUUGUAGAGCCUGCACCAACCAAGGAAGAGUCUGUUGUAGUUCCAGCUCCUGUCAAGGAAGAGUCGGUUGCCACAGCAACGGUUGUACCAAUGAAAAAGUUGACAGUGGUGGCGACUGUACAUAGCGAACGGUUCUCUGAGGCAGCAACUCAACCCACGGAAAUACCCUCUGCAUCAGAUGCAACUUUAUCCACUGUUGAGGAGACUGUACCCAGGAAGAAGUCUGCUGUUGAAACAGCGACUGUACCGAGGAUAAAAUCCACUGUUGAAGCAGAGACUGUACCGAGAAAGAAGUCCAGUGUUGAGGCUGAGACUGUACCGAGGAAGAAGUCCAAUGUUGAAGCAGAGCUUGUGCCGAGGAAGAAGUCCAAUGUUGAAGUAACAAAUGCACCGAAAAAGAAGUCCAGUGCUGAGGCAGAGACUGUACCGAGGAAGAAAUCCACUCUUGAAUCAACAACUGUACCAAGGAAGAAGUCCAGUGUUGAGGCAGAUACUGUACCGAGGAAGAAGUCCACUGUCGAAGCAGAGCUUGUGCCGAGGAAGAAGUCCAAUGUUGAAGCAGAGCUUGUGCCGAGGAAGAAGUCCAAUGUUGAAGCAGAGCUUGUACCAAGGAAGAAGUCCCAUGUUGAGGCAGAGACUGUACCCAGAAAGAAGUCCAGUGUUGAUGCAGAGACUGUACCGAGGAAGAAGUCCAGUAUUGAUGCAGAGACUGUACCGAAGAAAAAGACUUCUAUCGAAGCGACUGUACCUAAGGAAACGUGUGUUUCUGUAGGAGCUCUGCUUAUGGAAAAGUCCACUGUAGCAUCGGCUCUAUCAAAGGAGAAAUCGGCUGUCGCAGCGUCCAAGGAAAAGCCUGCUUUUGUAGAAGCUCCACAGAAGGCAAAUUCCACUGUCGAAGCAGUUUCGAGCAAGGAAAAACCCGAAGCGUAUAAGGAGAUGUCGAUAGUUUCACAAGCACAUCCAACCAAGACAAACUCUGCCGUUUCAGAAGUACCUCCAACAAAAGCAAACUCAACGGUCGUGGCAGCUCCAACAAAGGAAAAGGAGUUAUCCGCAGUUGUGGAUGUUGCUCUACCCAAGGCAAACUCUUCGCUUGUUGCCGGUAUGCCCAAGGAAAAGUCUGCUGUCGUAUCAACUUUAGACAAGGAAAAGUCUGCUACCAAGGAUAGAUAUGCUGUUGAGGAACAUACGCGAAAGUCAAACUCCGCUGCAAUAGACGCCAAGCAUAAGCGUCCAAAAUCUAAGGAAGAGCCAUUCGAAAAGAAGCUGGAAAGAGUAAACGAGGCGACAAAGGUGAUUCUCAAGGCGUCAGCGGGGCAUGCUCGUGCUGGUGCAAGCCCUGCCAAGGCAAACUCCACGGCUGUGACGGCUUUUAACAAGGAGAAGUCCACUAUUGUGGCAGCGGGUACGCUUUGUCUGCCCAAGACAAAGACCCAGACUGUUGUGGCAGCAACCACUCAAACCAAGGAGAAGUCUGCUGUGGCAUCGGCAGCUAUACCAAAGGAAAAAUCUCUGCUGGAGGCUACCCAAAAGGCAAACUCUGCUGUUGUGUCGCCUUCAAAGAAAGCAGCAGCAGCUACGAGUCAGACAGCAACAGUUGGGGUAGCUUCGCCUGCACAAGCUGCAGCUCCCGCGCCAAUGGCAGCUCUACCCAAGGCCAAGGCCUCCGAACCAGGAGAAGACAAAUCUGAAAUCAAAAGGGAGGAGAUUCUCAACCUGAGCGAGGAAGUUAUGUUAUACUACAAGGCAGGGAAUGAUUUCCUCAGUGGCAUGACAGCACCGGAUCUAACCAUUCGAUUUGAACCUCUGAACAGUGUAAAAUUCACGGAAUCAGAGCACAAAAGGAAAAAGAAGAAGCGGAAGAAGAGUAAGAGCAAGAGCCCCUCAAAGAGCGAACACAGACAUCACGACAGGAAGAUCCAUGCAGUGGCGAAUCAUCAUCACUCGUCGCCGAAGAAACGCCCCUACAACCUCAUAGAAGAGAUUCACGACAAGUCAGAGCUGCGUGAAGCGGAUGCACCACCGCAGAAGAAACCAAAACUUUUGCAGGUGAAGCUCAAGCAGCAUGGAAUCUCUAAUGACAUGAAAUUCCAUUCCUCCUUAAUGAGCAACAGCAAACCGCAAACGGACAAGGAGAAGGAGGUGGCCCGUUUAGAGGAGGAAAUGCGUCGCAAGCUGCAGGAACAUUUGAAGAAGGAGCAACGGCGACAGAGUCAACAGCCGCUGGUUAUGCUCAAGAAACCUCCCAAGGAUAAUAGUGCCAGCACGAGUUUAAUCUAUCCCCCGAUAGCGCAUGCAUCCACUUCCACAUCAACGUCAACGUCAACGACACCACCACCAGCCUCUGAAACGACGCCACCAGAGACACCGUCAUCGACGCCACCGCCCACGGGCACAAAUCUGAUAUUAGAACCCCCCGCAGAAACACAAUCCAAGACAGAGGAUAAGGACAAGGAUAAAUCGGCCAUAAGCAUUGCUUCACCACUGACACCUGUGUCGAUGAGCAGCAACAGCAGCAGCAGCACCACUUCCAGCACCAGCACAGCCCGAACGAUAAUCCAGAACUAUGCUCACAAAUCCACAUCCAGAUAUCGCACUGUCCUAUUUCCGUAUACGACACGCUCCUGGGAGGAUCAGGAGUUCCAUCGCGAUAACGAGUUCUUCGAUGAGGAGGCUGAUGAAUUGCUGUCGGAUCAUCCCAGUCUGGAGAUACCCAAAUGGCGGGAUACACCCAUACCGUACAGCGCCGACGACAAGGACAUCGAAGACGUGUCGGACGAAGCCUUUGAGAAGCGGCACGAAAAGUAUGUAAAGGACGAGAUCGAAAGGAAGCGUCGCGAUGCGCGCUACAUGCGGGAGCAGAUGAAGAGCGAAGCCUUGCGGCAGCGACACAAUCAGGAUGAGGUGUUGGUCCAACUCGAUCCGCUGCCCACGUCCACGUUCUACCCCCUGCCCGAGGACAUUGAAGGCGUGGAGAUUGUCACGGAAAUCCCUGUGCAAGCGUUCGGUGAGAAUGUUGUCAACAUGGAGGCGAGAUCGGAUUUCAGCCUGCCAUGGCUGGACUCGGUCAAAGCGCUGACGGCCAUUGCCCGGGCGAAGGCUGAGGCAGUGCCGGUGGCCACGUUAGCUAGCAAAAAGAUACCCCUCACCGCAGCCGAAGCCAGGCAUCAGGAGAUGAAUUCCUCGUAUGUGUUCCUCAAGCGGCGCAAGCGACAGAGAAAACGUUAGCCGGCCAGAGGACCCUUCUGGAGUUGAUGAGUAGUAGUAGUUGUGGCGUGCCAAAGGUGGAUCAUGGUGGGCUUCAUGAUCCAAAAUGACGUUGCCUAUGUAAAACACAUUAAUUAUUAUUAUUUUUCCUUAAACAUAUUUUUUUUUGCUAUUUUUAAAUCUUAUUUAAGCUACUGAAAAUAGAUUUUAGUUACCGGCCCUGCAAUCGAUGCCAUAUGGAACUCUAAAGAGUUUCCCCGCUAGAUUGUAUGUCUGCGCCCUCACAACGUAAUCCUAUUCAAUACAUUAUUAUGUUAACACUUACGCGUAUCAUAAUUGAUUAAUCCCAUUAAUUAUUAAAAUAGUUUGAUCGGGUUCCAACAUCUCAGCUUUAUCCAGAUUUUUCGCAAGUGAUAAACCCACAGCAAGGACAUGUUCUGGUCUCUAAUUUUGGCAUAAAAGCAAAAUGAAAUAUUUAGACUUUUUGUAGUUU